AUGGCACACGUGACGCUCCUCCGCUCCCUUCGGCGGCUGCCCACCUCACCUCACUCUCUCCUUCUCGCUCGCGCAGUACCCCGUCGUGCAGUCCACGCCGGUGAAUUUCAACCGUUCGUCCCGCCAUCGCCCAGCUCACUUGGGAAACCCGUCGCCGCAAAGACCUACACGCGCACACGAAAAUGGCUGCGGCGACUCGUCUAUACCUCCAUCGUGACGGGAAUCGCGUACGGGAUUGAUUCCCAGUUCUAUGCUUCCUCCUUGACGAGAACCGCACGCACGUUCUCCGUCGGUCUCCUCGUUGCGUUGGACUACAAGAUCAACUUCCGCCCGGAACCGCCUCUGGCCAGUUCCAUCGCCGCCGUGCAUGCGCGCAAUGCGGAGCGGUUAUCGGAUCUGCUGCGCUCCAACGGGGGUCUGUACCUGAAGAUGGGCCAGGCCAUUGCGAUGCAAUCUGCCAUCUUACCCCCCGAGUUCCAGGCGAUGUUCUCGCGCAUGUUUGACGAUGCUCCCCAAAAUGAAUGGAAAGAGGUUGAGAAGACCAUCCGCGAGGAUUUUGGGAAAUCUCCCGAGGAGGUCUUUGGAGUCUCCUUCACCGGUGAGCCCGGCAAGGGUGUGAUGGAACAGCGAGCUCGAGCCAGUGCCAGUGUUGCCCAGGUCCACUGGGCGCGCUUGCAGGAUGGUCGAGAAGUGGCCAUCAAGAUCCAGAAACACGAGAUUGAGCAACAGCUUGCGUGGGACUUGUGGGCUUUCAAAGCCGUCACCUGGAUCUACAGCAAAAUGUUCGACAUUCCCUUCUACAGCCUUGUGCCCUAUAUCAGCGAGCGUCUGUCCCUCGAGACGGAUUUUGAGAACGAAGCCACCAAUGCGGAGACGAUGGCUCGACUAGUCGCGGGCGAGCCUCGUCUGCGCGACCGCGUGUACAUCCCCAAGGUCUACCGUGACCUCACUUCUCGGCGAGUGAUGACCGCUGAGUGGGUGGAAGGGGGCAGCCCCGGCUGUCAGGGCACCCCGAUGGACCCGCCGAACAGCACGAUACCGCUGUCAGAUGCGCGCAAUGCCCGAGCCGCGAAACUCAAGCCCGAGCGGACGCACUGGAAGGGACCCAACCAACGCGGCGGUCUCGGCGUCUCGUUGAAAGAUGUCAUGACGACCAUGGUUGACCUGUUCUCGGCCCAGAUGUUCCUGUUUGGAUGGGUGCACUGUGACCCUCAUCCUGGCAACAUCUUCAUUCGCCGCAAGCCCUCCGGCCAACCGGAGCUGGUACUCAUCGAUCACGGACUGUACAUUCACAUGGAACCUCACUUCCGGCACGAAUACGCCCGGUUCUGGAAAGCGCUCCUGACGUUUGACAACAAGACCCUGGGUGCGAUUGCCAAGGGCUGGGGGGUCAACAACGCCGACAUCUUCGCAUCGGCGACUCUGCUCCGUCCGUACCGGGGUGGAGACAUGUCUACGCAGCGCGGCAUCGAAGGGCUGAGCAAACGGGAACGCGCCGAGCGCCACUACGAGAUGCAGCAAGCCGCACGCAAGGCCAUCCGCGAGAUCCUGGGCGAUGAGAACAAAUGGCCUCGGGAGCUGAUCUUCAUCGGGCGCAAUCUCCGUAUUGUCCAGGGCAACAAUCAGUUCCUAGGCUCGCCGGUCAACCGGGUCAAGAUCACAGGCAUGUGGGCGUCACGGGCGCUGGUUGAAUCACCCGAUCUGCCGCUCCCCGAAAAGAUCCGCAACUUUGGCCGCCAUGUGGUGUUUCGCUUUGUCCUGUUCAGCAGUGACCUUUUCUUCUGGUUCACCAAGAUCCGACAGUUUUUGAAACUGGGCGGCGGGAUGGAAGACGACCUCGAAGCGCAGAUGCAGACCAUGGCCAAGGAUAUGGGGGUGGACCUCAACCACGGGGUCUUUGAGGGAUAG